AACGACGUUAAAUUCAAAACGGCUUAUGAAGGGACGGUAUCAGCUAAGCAAAGUGAAGCUGUUACACUUCGUGUAAAGAGAUUCGGAUGUAUAACAGAAUUAAAACCAGAACAUGCUCUUACUCCCAGCAGGGACAAAGUAAGACCCGCCUCCAGCUACUGACUUCACUCCAGGUUUAAACUCCCUGGUCAAGAUAACAAAGUGUUCGACUUUCGUCGGAGAACGACAGCAAAGGAUACGAGCGGAGAUUGGAGAUUCACGGAAGAGAUCGACUCUCAUUAGCCCCUUCACUGCUCGUUGCCAAUGUCGUCUUGAUACGCGGGGGGGAGAGGGGGGAGAAAAGAACGUCCUUUUAAUACUAAAAACUUAUCCAGACGCUAAAUCCUCGGUGAAGAUUCCCUCCAGUGUGAAAAUAAAAGAGUUGGCUGCUGUAAAUUUCUCUCUCGGCUGCUGGCCAUGUUCCUGCCCGGGAUUGACUACCUGUCGGCGCUGGCUACGGCUCUUGCCUCGCUGCUCUCAGUUCUGCUCCUACUCGCUGUCUCCAGACAGCUGUGGACCCUCGCCUGGAACGUAACCAGAGACAGGGACAACAAGCUGCCGCUUCCCAAAGGCUCGAUGGGCUGGCCACUACUUGGAGAGACGCUGCACUGGAUGAUACAGGGUGCCAACUUCCACGCUUCCAGGAGGGAGAAAUACGGAAACGUCUUCAAAACACACCUCCUGGGCAGACCGGUGAUCCGAGUGACAGGUGCGGAGAAUAUCCGCAAGGUCCUGAUGGGAGAGCACAGCCUGGUGAGCGCACAGUGGCCCCACAGCACCCGGAUCCUCCUGGGCACCAACACGCUCGCCAACUCCAGCGGGGAGCUGCACCGCCAGAGGAGGAGGAUCCUGGCCCGGGUGUUCAGUCACGCCGCUCUGGACAGUUACAUUCCUGGGACCCAGCAGGUAGUCCGUUCCCGGGUGCAGGGAUGGUGCGAGGAGCGGGCUCCGGUCGCCGUUUACCCGGCCACUAAAGCGCUGACUUUCUGCAUCGCCAUCCGGAUCCUGCUCGGUCUCCGGGCAGCGGAUCACCAGCUCGACUAUCUCUCCUGCAUAUUCGAGCAGCUGAUGGAAAAUAUCUUCUCGCUGCCUUUGGAUAUUCCCUUCAGCGGCCUGCGUAAGGGCAUCAAAGCAAGGAACGCAUUGCACGAGUACCUGGAAAAAGCGAUUACUGAAAAACUGCAGCAAAACAGCCCUGGUGCCUAUCCCGACGCUUUGGAUUUCAUGCUGAAUAGUGCGAGGGAGAACGGGAAGGAGCCGAGCCUUCAGGAACUAAAGGAAUCUGCGGUUGAGCUGAUCUUCGCCGCUUUCUCCACCACGGCAAGUGCCAGCACAUCCCUGGUGCUGCUGCUCUUGCAGCACUCACACGUCCUGCAGAAGGCGAGGCAAGAACUACAGCAGCACGGUCUGAUCCCCACCUGCCAAUGCAACUGGCUCUUUGCCACCCGGGAUAGAACCGGCGGCCAGAUAAACAACCAGGCUUUCCCUGAAACCGAAAACCAGGUGAGCGAGUCUAUGCAAAGGUGCCAGCGGCUGGUUGCCCGGGAGAGUUUAGCCGGGGGCAGCAGUUGCGGUCAGUCCGUUACUAUCAUGGAUAAAGAGUGUCUGCAAAUUGGCGCCCACCAAGACCGUCCCGUCCAAGAUAAAGAACACUUUCAGCCCUCCCCCUAUCGGAAUAGUGUGUGUCGGGAAGUCGAGUGUCCCGAGGGGACGGCGGCGGGGAGUGAAACGCGACGGCUGUGCGGGGACUGCGACUGUCGGCGCUCUCUGAGUCUGCAGGUCCUGGGACGUCUGCGUUAUCUCGACUGUGUGGUGAAGGAGGUGCUGAGGUUGCUUCCCCCCGUGUCCGGGGGCUACAGGACAGCGCUGCAGACCUUUGAACUGAAUGGAUGUCAGAUACCCAAAGGCUGGAAUAUUAUCUACAGCAUUCGCGAUACACAAGAGACAGCCUCCGUCUAUCUCAAUCCAGACAGGUUCGACCCCGAUCGGUUUGGACCCGAACGGGAUGAGAGCAAAGCGGGUAGAUUUAAUUAUUUGCCCUUCGGUGGAGGCGUUCGGAGCUGCAUAGGGAAAGAGCUGGCGCAAGUCAUCCUUAAAACACUGGCAAUUGAAUUGAUCAGCAGUGCGGACUGGGAACUGGCCAGCGCCGCCUAUCCCAACAUGCAGACUGUGCCGGUUGUGCACCCCGUCGAUGGGCUGAAGGUUCGAUUUCGUCGCUUGAACGAUAAAGGAAACUGCAAGUCCACGAAGGAAUAACAGGACAACGCGGAGCUGCGAGGGCGAGUUAGCCAAUGCCAAGUACUGUGACGGCAGGCGAUUGGUCAAAUCUAUGCCGAGUUUUAUUUCCUCACCACCCCCCCCCCCCCACAGAAUGUAAAUGUCAGUCACUACUUAGCAUUGACUGGCAUCAGAGUUCAGCCGAGGCUCCACUAGUCAUUUCUAGGCAGCGAACAAUCGUUAUCUGGUAGCCCCUAUAUUGUUGAAACGUAAAAAUGUUUCUCUCAAUAAUUCACGAAGAUGUGAAUACGUUUACAUCUUAUACGAUGAAAAGACACUAGGAACCUCAAACACACCACAGCAAAACACAGUACUUAAUCUAUGCACUUAUACAUUAAUGUAUUAACUUUCUGAGCGUGUCGCUCCGAGCUAAAGACUGGAACCGCAGAGUUCCGUCCAGCAACUGCUGACGGGUUGACGACUGAACCCCUUAACAUCAGAAUGUGGUCCUUCGGCGGGGUUUUACGGUAUUUCAAUCGCCAACUUUGUCAGUUUACCACCACAUUGUUUUCCUUUUUUGUUGAAUUCAGCAAAGAACAUUCUAAAAUCGGCAGAAAAUGGGCUAAAGGGAUUAAUGUAUAUUGUAAACAUAAUAAAAUGUGAGCAGCUUUUGUUUACAUUGGCUGAAGAUCUGGAUAGGUUAUAAAUGCUACAGCCUUUCGUCUACAGCAUCUCCUGAUUCAUCCCCGACUCACUCCCCACCGCCAUCCUCGCCGCCCUUCCACGGUCUUCACAGACUGGAGUGAAGAAGGGUCGACCGUGAGAAUGGUGGGCGAGGAGUAUUUUGAGUGGGGAGAGAGGUGGUGAGGACGGAUUGUGAAUGGGGAGUGGGGUGGUGAUGAUGGACUGAGGAUAGGGAGUGAGGUGGAGAGAGUCCAAAGAUAUAGUUUACAUUUAAAACUAACCAGAACCUUGACUGGAAUUUAGGUGUAAAAUAUAUGAUGAUAUUUGUUUUAGAAUAAUAAAAUUUUAUGUGUAUGGACGGUAUCCAACUCAUUAAACUUAUGGACACGUCAGGUAUCAUUACUUGGGGUCAUUGAGUUACCCUUUUAGUGUUUUAUUUUUAUUGAGGCAUUUGUUUUGAGCUACCUCACCACCACGCAUUUUCCAUUAACCUUUAAGACUGGAAUAUUCUUGCCUUGAAAUUGGAUUACGCUCGUUUUUUAAAAAGUGCUAAUAAAGUAAAAUUAAACUUAUGUGGAGUUAACUGC